GAAAAAUGCUUAAAUUGUGUUAAAAAUAUAUUGAGUGUUGUACAUAUUUGUUAUUCUGUCCCUGUCUGUCUCCCUUUGUCCCAAGGUUGGACAGCAGACGGGAGAGCUGUCUCCCAUCCCUUUAAGUCUUACAUUUAUCUGUCAGUUUGUUUUGGUGAUUUGAUUAUUUAGAAGUGUGUUUUGUGUCUCUUAAUUUUAUAAUUUUAAAGUAACGUGGGUUUUGUAUACAGAUCUUAGUUUUAUAUGAUUGAAACUGAAACUGAAUGUCUUCUGAACAGUUGGCCAAACAAGACAUUUGAUAACAUCACCUAAGACACAAGCAAAAUGUGAUGGAUGUUUUUCAGCAUUCCCUGACAUUUUAUAGUUGAAAUGGUCAAGGUAAAGAAAAAAUAGUUGCAGCCUUAGAGCUGUGAAAGUGAUGGCGACGCUGCACAAAGAGGGCUGCCAGCCGGCAUUCCAGUUAAGUGGGCAACACGGGUUCUGGACUUAAUCUACAGCUGAAUCCUGCCUUGUGUGCCCUGCAGUGUCACACUGACUGUCUGCUGGUCACCUCACUGCAUAAACUUAGCUGGAUGGGGGUAAAUAUAGUAACAGGUAUCAGAUCCCCAGCCAGAGUGCUGUAGCCAAACAGCUCAAACAUCGAGCUCUGGUGAUCACAUGAGCUGCAGUCUUUUCUUUAGCAUUACUAUCAGACCUCAGUUACAUGCCUCCUUUACAGAUGUGUUAAUCUUCUGUGUGAAUCACGUGUGUAUUUGCAUGCAGUUUAAACGUGGUGGGAUAUUAGUUCACCGAUAGAAGCCACGUAGGCAUACAGCUCUGGUUUCAGUCAUAGGUCAGACCUCUGCUCCUGCUGCCACUUUCAGCAACAACAACAGAUCCUCGUUUAAUCUGCAAGGACCCGCAGCCGAGAGGGAAGCGGGACGACACAAAACCACAAGGGCCAGGACCCUUAAUGUGGACAUCAUGGAGUUUGAGCGAUUUGGGACGGAAGAUGAUAACGAUGAAGACGACGCAGCUGUUCAGUACAUGAUUGAACAGAGUCUGCUGGAGAGCAACAAACAGAAGGAAACAAACAGAGACUCUGCAAUGCAACACGGCAGGAGCUCUGGGCCUGAGUCUGCUGGCAGCGGCAGGAUCUUCACUGCAAUAAGACAAGGUAAUGAGAAGCUCCUGAGGGAACUGUGCGCCCAACAGAGAGACCAGUUUUCAGAGACAGACAGCCGAGGUUGGACUCCUCUCCACGAAGCAGCAGCUCAGAGCAACCAAAACAUCCUGGAGCUGACGUUCAAAGCUUCAGGCCUCGACUCUGUGGAGAACCGAACUCCUCGCGGACAGACUCCUCUCUUCCUGGCAGUAGAACGAGGUCUGAUAGAAAACGCCUCCUUCCUCCUCCAACAUGGAGCUCAGCUGAACUGCCAGGACGAGGACCAGGACUCACCACUGUUUGUGGCGAUCCGCUCAGACCGCGCUGACCUGGUGAAGCUGCUGCUCCUGCGGGGCUCCAGAGUGAACCAGGAGGGCUGCCACGGCCGCCGUCCCCUCCACGAGGCCUCGCGGCUGGGCAACGCGCCGCUGGUCACCCUGCUGCUGGGGGCCGGAGCACAGCCGGACCCUCGCAGCCACUACGGCCUCACGCCGCUGGCCCUCGCCGCUCAGGGAGGACACCUGGAGGUGGUGGAGGCUCUCCUGAGGAGGGGGGCGGACGUCCUGUCCCAGGCGCAGGAUGAGGCUUCCAUCUUGUAUGAGGCGUCCUCGUCUGGAGAUCCAUCUGUCAUCAGUCUGUUGCUGGAAUACGGCGCUGAUGCCAACGUUGCCAAGCACACGGGACACAUGCCGAUCCACCGCGUGGCCCACAGAGGACACCUGCAAGCUCUGAAGCUGCUGAUUCCUGUCACUUCUCUGGGAGAUGUAAACGACAGCGGAAUGAGUCCUCUACACUCUGCUGCUGCAGGAGGACACACACAAUGCCUCAAGGUCUUGCUGGACGCAGGUUAUGACCCCAACUACAUGCUCCACCCUUGGGUUCGCCGGAGUUAUGAUGACGAGAGGAAGUCAGCGCUCUUCUUCGCUGUGUCCAAUAACGACGUGCCGUCAGCCAAACUGCUGCUGGAGGGCGGAGCCAUGGCCAACCAAGACCCAAUCAAAUGUCUGCAGGUUGCUCUGCGUUCGGGCAACUAUGAGUUGAUCAACCUGUUGCUGAGGUUUGGAGCAAACGUCAACUAUUUCUGCAAAGUGAAUACGACACACUUCCCGUCGGCCCUUCAGUACGCUCUCAAAGACGAGGUGGUCCUCAGGAUGUUGUGUAACUAUGGUUAUGAUGUGGAGCGCUGCUUUGACUGUCCCUAUGGCAACAGGGCUCACAUCCCCGAAGACUACGAGGGCUGGAGCGACUCGGUGAUCAAAGACACCUUGUUCUGCGAGGUGAUCACCGUCUCCUGGCUCGAGCACCUGUCGGGUCACGUGGUUCGCGUUCUGUUGGACUACGUUGAUCAUGUGACCUUCUGCUCCAAGUUGAAGGCGACCCUGAUGGAACAGCGGCAGUGGCCCGACAUCUGCAGGCUGCAGGAGAGCGCCCGCUGCCUGCAGCAUCUCUGCCGCCUGCGAAUCCGUCGCUGUCUCGGACGCCUUCGUCUCCGCUCGCCGAUCUUCAUGAGCUUCCUGCCGCUGCCGGAGCGACUGAAGGACUACGUCCUGUACAGGGAGCACGACCUGUACGGCCAGCAGAGCAGCACGCCGGGCUGACGCAGGAGUGAGGAGAGCGACAACACUCACACAAAGCAGUUCAAUGAGGACAUUCGCGUUUUAAAGUGACUUUUUCUGCCAGUUCAUUUCCCACAUCACACAUCACAGGAGAAAUAUUAAUGCUUAUUUAUUUUAUUGUGUUUUUCUAUUUAAAAUAUAUUGCUUUCUCCUCGCAAAAUAGUGUGUUGUUAUUGUCUAUGUUUUAAUUUUUUGUCUUAAUAGAUUUGAAUCUCAAAAAAAAAACAAAACAAAAGUACCUCAAAGGCUAAUACAGUAAGAAGUGGGAUUACUGUGUCAUUUCUAUUGUUUAUUACAUUACAAUUAAUAUGGAAAGCUUAAUAGCCAUAUAUAGGCUACUGUAUGUAUUUAUGAUGAAAUAUGUGCAGCAUUUAUAUAUAACAAUGUCAUAAACAGAAU